GGAAAAUGUAGACACACACACACGCCACAUCUUCACAAUGAUCCGCUGAGCAGGGUGUUCUUCAGCGGUUCCCCAUAUUUACUUUUCUCUCCGUUCACUGAAAAUUAAGGGCUCUGACAGGUCGGGAUGGGGAAUCUGAUAAAGGUUCUCACGCGAGACAUUGACAACAAUGCGGGGAACUUUUUCCUGGACUUUGAAAAUGCCAAGCCCACAGAAGCAGAGAGGAGGGUUUGGGAGGAGGUCAAUGGGGUGCUGAGAGAGGCUGUGAUCAUUCUUCAGGACCUGCAGUCAUACAGUGGAGCCGGUGAAGCCAUCAGACAGGCCAUACAGCAUCCCAGUGAUGAGCGUGUGCAGGAGCAAGCGUGGGCUGCUGUGGUCCCUCUGGUUGGCAAACUAAAGAAGUUUUAUGAGUUCUCACUAAAACUGGAAGACACUCUGCAAAACCUCCUGGAGUACCUCACCAGCUCACGCUGCAGCCCAACUCAGCAUCUGGAGCAGGAGCAGGCUCUGGCACGCCAGUUUGCUGAGAUUUUACAUUUCACGCUGCGCUUCGAUGAGCUCAAGAUGACCAACCCGGCCAUCCAGAAUGACUUCAGCUACUACAGAAGAACCCUGAGCCGCAUGCGCAUCAUCAACCAAACUGCAGAGGAGCAUAAUGAGGUCGACAACGAAUUGGCCAAUCGCAUGUCUCUCUUCUACGCCAAUGCCACGCCCAUGCUGAAAACGUUAAGCGAUGCCACAACUAAAUUUGUAUCAAAGCAUGCAGAACUACCUGUAGAGAACACAACAGAUUGUCUGAGCACGAUGGCAAGUGUGUGUAAAGUCAUGUUAGAGACACCGGAGUACCGCAGUCGUUUUGCCAGUGAGGACACAGUGUUAUUUUGUCUGCGUGUGAUGGUGGGAGUGAUCAUCCUUUACGAUUAUGUUCAUCCGGCUGGAGCAUUCGUCAAAUCCUCCAAAAUCGAUAUGAAAGGAUGCAUUAAAGUUCUGCGAUAUCAGCCGGCCAACAGUGUGGAGGGGCUUCUUAAUGCCCUCAGGUACACAACGAAACAUUUGAAUGAUGAGUCUACCUCCAAGCAAAUCAAAAACAUGUUACAAGCUUGACCGUUUCUGCCGUAAAAAGUAUUACUUCUCAAAUAGACUGGACGAGAUGCUUCCACAGUUUUAAUACGACGAAAAUAGCCAUGUGGCAGCUACUGUUAUCAGUCUGUUUUUUACUGUUGUAGUUUGUUUAUUUUACUCUGUUAGACUUCAAGUCAUGCGUGGCCUUUAGAUUUCAAAGACGCUUCUUUUGUUGUGUUCCACAAAGAGGAGCUUAAUUCAUUCCCUUCCUGUUUUUCCUAGUUUACCGAGUGCUCAGGAAACAACAAAUAUUGCAUUUCGCUUUUAUAAAUGAGAUUAUUUACUGUGAUUUAUUUUUUUUUAUUAACAUAAGUCUUUCAUAUUGAAUAAAGCUAUUUUAACCAAGUGGACUGUGAA